AUGCCGAACAUUAGAGCCAUUCUGGAUGGCGUGGAUGCGCCUAUCGCAACGCCCACGGCCGCAGCAGUUGUGAAGAAGCGGACACCCUUUGCCGACCCUACUCAUCACAGCUACAAGCAAAGAAGAGGCUUCUUGACAUUUCGCCGUCAAGAGGCUGAGGAGGAUGAGGGAGCGGAAGCGGAAGAGAGCGAGAGCAACAGUGAAGGAACAGACGAUGAGGACUCUAGCGGCGAGGAAGGCGAGAGCUCCUCCAGCUCCAGCUCCAGCUCCGACGAAUCUGGGGACGAGUCUGGUGAUGAGUCUGGUGCUGAGGAGGAAGAUCCUCUGCCAUCCCUUAGUCCUGCCCAGCAACGACUUGCAGACUCCUCUCCCUACUCCGACUUCGAGCUUCCCACUAUCCCCGACCUUGGCCCUCUACCAAUGCCACCCCGUAACACUCGGCGUACUAUGCGUCUAGACAAGAUCAAGCGCCGUUCCCGUCGGUCUCUGGCCUCUCGCCAAGAAGCGGAAGUAGCGGAGGAAGAAUCAUCCGAAAGCGAUAGCGACAGCGACAGUGAGUCAGACGGCUUCAGCAGUGAUUCGGAGGAUGAAACCACUCCUACAACCUUCUCUACACUCAUAGCUGACACUCUGCUCCGUCUAGCACCAACGACCACUGCUCCUCCCACCGUUGAUGGCACAGCUGUUCCCACGCUGGAUCAAUCCACCUUCAUCGCCGCCGCCGAUCCUACUGGUUCUGCUUCCAACUUCCCUUCGGAUCCUUCAGCACUAGAACGUUCUGGUGGGCCAGCGCCGGAAUCGCAGACUGCUAUCAUCGCCAGCAGCACCGUUCUCGGUGUAGCAUUCCUGAUCGCAUUGAUAUACUUGCUUUUCCGCUUCUGCGUGCCCAUACGCACAUGGUAUUCCACUCGCCGUCGCAAAUACCACGACGAAAAAGCUGCUCGCCUCGGCACAGGUCCCUCACCGUCUAAAUGGCCUCUUCAAUUCAUCUUCGGCUCAGACCGGCCUGCUCCGCCACGUAGGCAGCAACAGCAGAGAUACACGGGAACGACUGCGAUGACCGCACACCCGGCCUUCCAACGCGACCUCGAGUCUCAAAGCGCCGGCGACCGUAGCACUCGUGGCCUCGACCUUGCCCCCGCCGAUGGCUUUGGGCCUGGUUUCACCGGCUACGCACAGCCUCCCGGAUACAAGUCGUACACUACGGCGAGCGGCGGCAGCUGGGUUGCCAAUGGCUGGCGCGCGCCACUGACACACAUAAGCCAACGGCUCUCGAACUGGCCGCGACGCUCCGGCACUGCACGCUGGUUCUUCGGCGGCGGCAGUCGUUGGAGCGAGAGUGAGGCCGGCAACAAUGGGCGAACCACCUACAGCGAGGGACAGAUCUUCGACAUGUACGGCCCAGGCACCACCAACAUUGGCGGCAGGCGGACCAGCAUUGCGAAAUCACCACUCCAGUCGCAAGUCGAAAUCUCCCAAGUCGAACUCGCGCCUACCCCACCCGUACCAUCGUACGCAGGCACAACUACGACGACCUUCGUCAACGCCCCAGGACACGGUCUGGGCCUCACACAGACGCCCAUCCGUCCCCGCGCCAGCCCGCGGCCCAGCUACAUGCGCAGCAGUGUCGCCACCACAGCUACCAGCCAGACAGAGAUGAGCGUGCCCCCUCUGCCAACGCUGCCCUUCAAGGGCAUAAGCCACUUCAGCGCCACGACCGCGGAUCCCGCAACGCCGCGCCGCUUCAUCAGCGAGGGUCUCCCCCUCUCUGAUGUACUCACGCCGAUGCCUUCGGCGCAGGUGUCCGCGCAGAGCCGCUUCCCCGUGCGCACCAGCAGCACCAGUAGCCGCGGUUCCAGCCGCAGCCCCAGUGGCAGCCUCAGCGGCGUGAGCAAUCCGGUGUCGCGAUCGACAAACAGUAUCCUGGGGCUGGGGAAUAGUGUGGGGACGUCGCGCACGACCGUCAGUCGACAGGGGAGCGUGAGUAACGUGCAGAGAGAAAAGCCGCUGCCGGUGCCGAUGGAUCGGUCGGUGGAUAGCGUCGAUGCCGCGAGGGCGGGGAGGGCUGGCAUGAUUUGA